CGGAAUUUUGCCUAGAACAGGAGCCAGAGAUUGCCUGGGGCUGCUUUGUCCACAGACAUUUACUGAGUGCCUAGGUUGUGCCAGGCCCCAUUCUGCAGUGCUGGAGAUGGGAGUUCACAUCCUAGUAGGGGAAGACAGUAAAUGGCUAAAGAAGUAAAAUAACUUCAGAGUGGUAAGUGCCCUGAGGACCGUGGAUGGGAUGGUACUGUGGAAGGGACACGCCAUGAGAAGGGGUGGCUGGGGAGGGCCUCCUGGAGCCACAACCUGGGGGCUGACCCAGAGGGAACCAGGGGUUCUGCCAUCAGGGGAAACAGUUUUCCAGGCAGAGGGAGCUGCUGAAGCAAAGACCCUGAUGGGAGACCUGGCUCUGACAAGUUCAAUAAGGAACAGAAAGAAGGUUGCUGUGGCCAGAGCUGCGUGGACAGAAGGUGAGAAUGGUGGGAUGAGACCAGGAGGGACGUUCAGGGACAGCAGGAGUCAAGGGCCUUCCAAGCCAUGCUAAGAGUUGAGAUUUUAUUUUGGUCUCAAUAUAAUAGGAAGUUACUGAAGGAAGACACAAAAUGGCUGUUUUGCUAAAGCUCUUUUGUCAAGGCCUUCAAAGCUCGCCUCCGAUGAAAUCUUGCGAAGAUCUAGGUAGGUGAGGGAUGUGUGAAUGUGGGCAGACAGUGUUAAGGAGAAAAAAUAGGGGUCAGACCCAGUUGCUGCAAGUCACAGCCAGAACCCCUUGCUGAGCAGGACAAAAGUGGUCAUAGAGUAAACCCCUGAAAUUAUACACUAAUUCUGUGUGUGUGCAUGCCUUAUUUUAGGGAGUAACCCAGAGUUUUCCAGACUCAGAGGAGUCUGCCACCAAAAAAGGCCAGAAAAGGAGAAUAUUGACCUGUAUGCCUGAUACACACGUGCCGCCUCAGUAAGGACCUGUGCACGAUGCCCUGCAGAGGAGAGUGGGGGGCAGGGCAGGAUGGGAAACUUCACUGAGUACCAUGUGCUUUACCUAUUUUUAAAAGUCCACUUCAGUGUAAAGGACUGAAGCUGGAGAGGAAUGGAUGGGUGGGGAAGAAGGUGCCAAAGCCUUGGUGUGGCCUGGGAGGGGCAGAGACACAUACAGGCUGAUCCUAAAAUUGACUCUCCCACCCCCAGCCUGUGCACACAUGCCUCACGCCUAGAGCAGUCUCACCCUGAGUCCUCAGAGGGCUCGGCUGCCCAGUGAGCACCACCUGCACUGUUCUGGGAGAGUGACAGAAACAGCUCUCCCAAAGAUGCCCUUUGGUCAGGUCACUGAAGCCACUGUCCUCUGUCCAUGCCCCAGGCUCCUCAGAAUCCCGCACCUUCAAAGAGAGAAUCCUGGACCCCCUGAGCACCCCACUGAGUCCCCCAGGAGCUCUUGGCUCAGAUCCAAGCACACUUCAACUCCCAACGGCUUGGUUGGUCAUUUUGCUUUGAAUAGAAGUUCCCCGGUUCUGCCUGGGUUCGUGCCCGGCCCUAGCCUGGCGAAUGGAAGCUGAGAUGGGGCUGUUUUUCUCGAAUUCUCUCCAACAUCUCGGCUUGGAUAUGCUUUGCCUGCCCACAAAUAGGUCUGGCCGGGCCUUCAGGACCCAGCUGUUCUCAGCCAUCAGCCAGGGGUAGGAACCAGCCACCCUCGGGUAUUCUGAUCCCCGGUAAUCUGGGGCCACAAGUCAGGGAGUGGAGUCAGCCGCUGAUGAAAGGUCCCUGGCAGGAUGCAGAGCAGGCUAGGGCCUCCUGGUUCACACUUGAGGAGGGUACCAGGGUGGCUAUGUGCAGGUCAGUUAAACCCCAGAGCUCCUGUCCUGCUGCGGAACAAUUGAGAUCUUUCCACAACCUCCUGAGGCCUCUGGACCACAUGGGAACCGGCACAGCCACUUCCACUCACAAAGCCAAACAGAAUGUUCCUGCCCCUUCUUCUACUCCAGAAUAAGUACAUAAUAACAUCAACCAGUAUUUUGUGGGGAGUCACUGUGGCAGGGCCCGAUUCAGUGAAGACUCCAUGUGUAUCACCUCCCUAAAAGUCCCGCAGAACCUUUAGGUGGUGGCACAAGGAGGUCCCCUUGGCCCGUAGCCAACCAGGGAGCUGCAAUGCGAACCCAGGCAGCCUGGGCACACCAUGCCGGCAGCUGGUCGCAAAUGAAAACAAAGUGAUCUGCAGAAGGACCCUACAACCUCGCACCAAAUGGUAUCCAGUCCUCAGCCUGGUAGCCAGAGAACAAAAGUACGGGUCCUUGACGGUUCCACACACUGAGCUCAGAGCGUGCAGUGUGGGGCGCCUGCCAGCUCUGAAAUAAGGGGACAGCCUGUACUUCUCCAGCCUUCCAGGCUCCCAAAGGCUGCUCAUCACUUUGGAUGACGGUGUCCAUCAGUCCAUCCUGCAGGGGUGCUCGGAGCUGGAAAUCCUGGCUGACCCUCCAAACCUCUUCCCUACCCUGGGCACAGGGCAGGUGUGUGGGAGGUGCCUGGCUGGGAGGCGGGAGACUGGAGGGAGGCCUGGCUGCCUGGCUUAGUGCUUGGGGUCUCCUGCUUCAUUUCUCUCAUCUGAUACAUGGACUAUCUACCAACGCGUCCUCACUUUAUGAGGUUUGGGUGAUGAAUCUGAAAACUCUGUGGAGACUGUGAGGCCCAGGGCGAGUUCACGAAUUUGGCGGUGUGGCGUGUCUCUUAGCCUCUCUCUGCUUGCGUUUCCCAGCCUCUGAGGCGGGACAGGAUGCAGGGAGAGGACAGAGGCCGAACUGGGCAUCACCAACACUCCAUCCCCUGCCUCUGGCCAGUGGCCUCCAGUGGAAGGGACCCUUCCCGCGGGUGGAAGAAAGCAAGACAAUCAGGUGUGAGAGCCUUCCAUUGGCCAGAUUGAGGCGCAGACACCGAGGAGGGCUGAGGAGGAGCUCAGAUAUGUUUUUCUCCUGACACCCGCCCUGGAGCUCAGUCCUCAAGGCUUCAAAGGAAGAGUCUCAGGGCCCAGAUAAGGCAACUCAGUCGUCAAACACAGUCAUCGCUUGGGCACUAGGUACCCGAGAGAGGAGAAAAGCAAGCUGCAAACUGCUCAAGGCAGAAGGCCUGCUGCCCAUGUUAGGACCACAGGGGCGUGGAGCCUGCUGGCCAUGGGCACAGGGAGCAGGCCCAGGGAGGCCAGAGUGGGAAGGCCUUGGAGCCUGGCUGAAGUCCGCACUGACCAGGUGGCCGCUGAGCAGAGACCAGGAAGGGCAGUGGUCACCUGAGAGCCCUGGAAAUACCCUGGGACAAUGGCACCUCCGACUCUAGGUGCACCCAUGCAUCUGUGUGGGGGGGGUACCCUGAGGCUGCGGGAGCUGAGUUGCCUCCCGCCCGUAGCAAGCCUCCACCCUCCUGGCUCUGCCUUUCUGUCCUCAACGUGUUGAGCCUCCCCUCCUGUUCUGCGACACCUGCUGGCCCCAUGCACCCUUUUCUCCCCACAGAGUGCUUUCGCCACUCUCGGAGCUUGCUCACGGCACAGGGCAAACACUUCCUUUUUGGCGUGUGUCCCCAGUUCUUUUGGACUAAUGUCUCUGUGGCCAUUUCGAAGACUUUUGCUAAGGUUUCCCCUCUGCAUACGCCACACACAAGAGGUGACUGAGAGCCGGCCCUGCAGGUGAAACCCAGAAGUUUAAAGCAAAGCUCCGGCCCUGAGCAAUGGAGAAGCCAGUUACUGACGCAGUGCGCUUGCAGUCCGCGGAGAGCCGCAGGGACUAGCAGAGCCGGGUGCAGCUGGAGGGAGAGAAGACCAGCAGGGCUCCCUGAGAGAGGUGCCAGUGGAGCUGACCUUAAAGAAGGUCGGGUGUGAGGAAGGGGAAGGCGAGAAGGCAUUCUGUGGAGGCUGUGAUCACAGUGUCAGGCUUCUGCAUCGAUGUAGGAGGCCAGGGGAACUUCAUUAGGUGAUGGCCAUGGAAAGAACGAGAACACAUAACUAUGUGAAGGCCAGAAAGUCAGUCUCUGGGCUCAGAGCCCUGGAUUUCAUAUCUGUGAAAUGACCUGAGGUCUAACUCUGGCUUUGCCAGGAACUGCCACAAGUGCUUCGCCUGUAAAAUGAAGGACUGGGCAAAAUGUCUCUAACGGUCCACACUAUUCUAGAGCAAGGAGAGAAAGGACUCAGGUGACUCUAGGCUUCCGAAGAACAGUCCCAACAACAGGAGGUGAGAAAUCAGGAGAGGAAUCAGGUUUGGGGAGAAGACUUGAGUUUUAAGUAAACAGGCUGGACCCCACCCUGACCCUGCCUUCCACUAGGCUGACUGGGUCUGUCCCACAGCGUCCCCUCCUCUGGGAGCGUGACCCCACUGGCAGGAAGGUCAGAGCAAGGAAGAGGAACUGGCCUUUGCUCUGGGAGACUUGUCAGCUUCUCCCUCGGUGAAUAAACACCUCUGUUGUCACCCACAUGGUCUUUCUGGAAGAGGAGCUGAUGCUGCAGAGUGCUUGAAGGCUGGGGUGGAAUCCCCUAAAGGGACAGUUGAGUUUCCAUCAUCCCAGGGUAAGGGAAGCUUGAGCAAUAAAUUGUUGGGAAGUAAAUUGAAAUGUGGUUCCUUCAUGCCCAGGUUCCUGCACCUACGUGAGUACCUGGUUCACAGGCAAACCUCCAGGCACUUGAAGUCCCCAAAUGAGCCGUGGCCUGUGGUCAGAGGGCAAGCCCACACUACCUCCUGCCUCGACUCGCCUUGCCUUCACAUCAUGCCCAGACACUUACAUUUCUGACUUCAAGGCCUUGGUGUUGCCACCCAUUCCGGGUUUGGGGUGCAUUCCUCCAGCUACGGAUGGACAGACAUAUCUGCAACCUUGUCAUAGUUAUCAGAUUAGUCCCAUUUUACAGAUAUGAGGAAACAGCACAGAAAGGUGGGAGUCUUCAUCUAAGAUCACGGAGCUGCUCCUGGAGGGAGCCAAGAUUCAAAUCCAGAUCCUAUGACUCACAGAGCGCGCCCACUCCAACCCAGAUGCCUGAGUAGUGUGUUUACUUCCGGUCCCCUCUCCCAGGCCCGGGGCAUCGAGGGAGGAGCGAUGGAGAAGUGGGCGGGCAGGCCUCAGUUGUGUCUGAUGCUGCUUCUGUCCCUCCCUGAGCUCGGCCUGGAUCAGGAGGUGCGCCAGGGACCAGAGGUGUUGUCUGGACACUCUCUUCAGACACUCCCCGAGGAGGGCCAGGGUCCUGAGGGUGUCUGGGGUCCUUGGGAGCAGUGGGCCUCUUGCUCCCAGCCCUGUGGAGUUGGGGUGCAGCGCAGGAGCCGGACAUGUCAGCUCCCUACAGCUCAACUCCACCAGGACCUGCCCUUCCCACCCCGGCCCCCAAGACAUCCAGAAGCCCUGCUCCCCCGGGGUCAGAGCCCCAGACCUCAGACUUCCCGAGGAACCCUCCCCCUGUACAGGCCACAGCCUAGGGGAAGAGGUGGCCCACGUCGAGGUCCUACUUCCCAACUAGGGAGAGCAGAAAUCCGGGAGAUUCCAGGAACUCGGAGGUCCCGGGUUCGAGACCCCAUCAAGCCAGGAAUGUUUGGUUACGGGAGAGUGCCCUUUGCUUUGCCACUGCAUCGUAACCGCAGGCACCCCCAGAGACUGCCCAGAGCUGAGACCUCCCAGACCUCAGAUCUUCCAUCCCUGACUCCAAGAACAGAACCAUUCUCCACAAACCACACAGCUCAAACUCAGCUCGCUCCUACAGAACUUUCUGCCCGGCCCCCACACCCCCCAGCAGAACCCCCAAACCCUGAAACUACUCAGACAGAAGUGCCCUCUAGAACGAGGCCUUUCCCCACGCAGCCCCACCCCAGAGCCCAGGCCUCUGGCACAGAGCCUGCCUCGUCCAUCCCCUACCCAGGAGAAAGUAACUCCUUCCAUGUGUCCCCUCAGCCAAGAAUGCCAGAUUCUCAGGGUUCGGCCAGUCUCCAGGUGGCUGAGAGAUACCCUAAUCUUUUCCUUUCUGUCCCUCGGGGCAGAGGCCACCAGAGCCAGGAGCACUGGAAACCUGGGGGGAAUCUCCAUGGGUCCCUCAUGGAGCCUGCCCCCCACUAUCCAGAUGGCUGGCUGCCUCUGCUGAAUGAUGGCCCCCACUCCAGUUCGCUCUGGAGCCUCUUUGCUCCCAAUAGCCCUGUGCCAAGGUGUUCUGGGGAGAGUGAGCAGCUGAGAGCCUGCAGCCAAGCGCCCUGCCCCCCUGAGCAGCCAGACCCCCGGGCCCAGCAGUGUGCCGCCUUUGACUCCCAGGAGUUCAUGGGCCAGCUCUACCAGUGGGAGCCCUUUACCGAAGUUCAGGGCUCCCAACGCUGUGAACUGAACUGCCGUCCCCGUGGCUUCCGUUUCUAUGUCCGUCACACGGAAAAGGUCCAGGAUGGGACCCUGUGUCAGCCUGGAGCGCUAGAUAUCUGCGUGGCUGGACGCUGUCUGAGCCCCGGCUGUGAUGGGAUCCUCGGCUCUGGCAGGCGUCCAGAUGGCUGUGGGGUCUGUGGAGGGGAUGAUUCCACCUGCCACCUCGUCUCAGGGAACCUCACAGACCGGGGGGGCCCUCUGGGCUAUCAGAGGAUCCUGUCAAUUCCUGCCGGAGCCACGCAGCUCCAGAUUGCCCAGCUCCGGCCCAGCUCCAACUAUCUUGCCCUUCGAGGCCCUGGGGGCCAGUCCAUCAUCAAUGGAAAUUGGGCCGUGGAUCCCCCUGGGUCCUACACGGCCAGUGGAACUGUCUUCCUGUACAACCGGCCUUCCCGAGAGGAGGGCAAGGGGGAGAGUCUGUCAGCCAAAGGCCCCACGACCCAGCCUGUGGAUGUCUAUGUGAUCUUUCAGGAGGAGAACCCAGGCAUUUUUUAUCAGUAUAUUAUCUCUUCAGUUCUUCCAGACCUUGGGAGCACCACCCCAGAGCCCCACUUCCCCCAACUCCAGCCAGAGAUUUUGAGGGUGGAGCCCCCACCCGCUUCGAUGCCCCGCCCUGCCCGGACCCCAGGCACCCUCCAGCGUCAGGUGCGGAUCCCCCAGAUGCAUGCUCCACCCCAUCCCAGGACACCCCUGGGGUCUCCAGCUGGAUACUGGAAGCAAGUGGGACACUCGGAGUGCUCAGCAUCCUGUGGAAAAGGUGUUUGGCGCCCCAUCUUCCUCUGCAUUUCUCGUGAGUCAGGGGAGGAGCUGGAUGAACACAGCUGUGCCAUGGGCGCCAGGCCCCCAGCCCCCCUGGAGCCCUGCCAUGGUCCUCCAUGCCCCCCAUACUGGGAGGCAGGCGAGUGGACGUCCUGCAGCAGCUCUUGUGGCUCGGGCACCCAGCACCGCCAGCUGCGCUGCCGCCAGGAGUUUGGGGGCGGCGGCUCCUCGGUGCCUCCCGAGCGCUGUGGACACCUCCCUCGGCCCAAUGCCACCCAGCCCUGUCAGCUGCGCCUCUGUGGCCACUGGGAGGUUCGCUCCCCCUGGAGCCAGUGCUCAGUGCGGUGCGGGCGGGGCCAGAGGAGCCGGCAGGUUCGCUGUGUGGGGAGCAACGGUGAUGAAGUGAACGAGAGGGAGUGUGCGUCGGGCCCCCCGCGGCCCCCCAGCAGAGAGGCCUGUGACAUGGGGCCCUGUACCACAGCCUGGUUCCACAGCGACUGGAACUCCAAGUGCUCAGCGGAGUGUGGGACAGGAAUCCAGCGACGGUCUGUGGUCUGCCUUGGGAGUGGGGAGUCCCGUGGGGCAGGCCAGGAGGAAGCAGGAGUUGGGACCACUGAGCAGAGCUGUGCACCGGGAAGCCGUCCCCCGGACAUGCGUGCCUGCAGCUUGGGACCCUGUGAGAUGACGUGGUGCUGGUAUACGGGGCCCUGGGCCGAGUGCUCCUCAGAAUGUGGCUCUGGCACACAGCGUAGAGACAUCAUCUGUGUAUCCAAACUGGGUAUGGAGUUCAAUGUGACUUCUCCCAGCAACUGCUCCCACCUGCCUAGGCCCCCUGCCCUGCAGCCCUGUCAGGGGCAGGACUGCUACGACCGAUGGUUUUCUACGCCCUGGAGUCCGUGCUCUCGCUCCUGCCAGGGGGGUAUUCAGACGAGGGAGGUCCAGUGUCUGACCGCCAACCAGACCCUCAGCGUCCGAUGCCCUCCUCACCUGCGGCCCUCCAGGAAACGACCCUGUAACAGCCAGCCCUGCAGCCAGCGCCCCGAUGAUCAAUGCAAGGACAGCUCUCCACAUUGCCCCCUGGUGGUACAGGCCCGUCUGUGCGUCUAUCCCUACUACACAGCCACCUGUUGCCGCUCUUGUGCCCAUGUCCUGGAGCGUUCUCCCCCAGAGCCUGCCUGAAAUGGGUACAGGAGACCCUCUCCUCAUGGUUUCCUCAUGCCACCAUCAGUCACCCACCCAUCAGCCCACUCUGUACUCUCUGGCUCUCCGGCCUGCCCUAGUCUCAUCAGGGGUGUCCCCUAGGAUGGUUGAAGGUGGCAAAGACGACUGUCAAGAUAUGUGGCUGUGUGUGUGUGUGUGUGUGUGUGUGUGUGUGUGUGUGGUGUGAUGGUCCGUGUGCACACGUGCACCACAUGGGUAUUGGGGGCCUGCAUGGAUGGAUGUGCUCAUACACAUACUAUUUUUCAAAAAAAGAAGUGAAACAGACUGAAGAGGAGUGGAGAGUGGACGAUGCCUGUUUCCCUGAGACUUUUCUAGGCUGAGAGGAAAGCAAGUUUGCAGCUCCUUAGUAAUCCAAACUGCACAGCAUCUGGUCUCCCCAUCAACCUGACUUUGUGCCCUAAACUUCAGUUCUCAUGUUCAGGCCUCACCUCUUCUAAAGCACCAUUUACCAUCUGAUCCCUCCUCCCCACACUUAGUCUCUCCAUCCCUACCUCUCAGAAUCAGCUAGGGAUGGGCGUAAGCCACUGCCAGUCCUGCCUUACCCCAGGAAGAGAGACUAUCUCCCCAGAGCAGGGACCAGCUGGGCAGAGGAUGGAAAAAGAAAAAAAUAGAACAA